AUGUCCGACUAUGAGGAUGAGAUGGAGUUGGAUGCUCCCGUCUCCAAGGACAAAGCCAUUCAGUUCAGUUCAGACAACACUGCAGGGAAACAGAAGCGGAUUGUCGCUGAUCUGCCUGUUGAAGCAGAGGACAAUCUACCAUGGGUUGAGAAAUACCGCCCAAGCACCCUGGGUGACGUCUCCGGCCAUCAAGAUAUUAUAGCGACUAUCAACAGAUUCGUCGAACAGAACAAACUACCCCACCUUCUACUUUAUGGACCACCCGGGACAGGAAAGACUUCGACGAUUCUAGCGCUAGCGAAGCAGAUAUACGGGCCAAAGAAUAUGCGGCAGAUGGUGUUAGAGCUCAACGCCUCUGACGACAGAGGAAUUGAUGUGGUGCGGGAACAGAUCAAAACAUUUGCGUCUACGAAACAGAUCUUCAGUGCAUCGACGCAGCAGGGGUCUUCGACGGCAAAGUUUGGCCUGGGCGCAUUCAAGCUGAUCAUCCUGGAUGAGGCAGAUGCCAUGACUUCCGCCGCGCAGAUGGCGCUUAGGAGAAUAAUGGAGAAAUACACGGCAAACACGAGGUUCUGCAUCAUUGCCAACUACACACAUAAACUAUCGCCUGCUUUACUGUCACGAUGCACAAGGUUCCGUUUUUCGCCUCUAAAGAAGGAAGAUAUCCGCCGCUUGGUUGACCAUGUCAUUUCGCAAGAGCAUGUCAAUAUCGCACCAGACGCAGUGGACUCACUGGUUUCGCUCUCCAAGGGUGAUAUGCGGCGAGCUUUGAAUGUCCUUCAAGCUUGUCAUGCAGGAUCCAGACCACUUCCCAUGAAAGGGCAGCCACCCAUUAAGGAAGCGGACAUCAACUACGAAUUGAUUACUAACGACACCAUCUACAGCUGUAUCGCUGCUCCUCAUCCCGAAGACAUUCGUCUGAUUAUGACCACGAUGCUGAGCACGCCGGAUAUUACCAGCUGUCUUAACACGAUCAACGCAUUGAAGAGCAGUCGUGGCUUGGCACUAGCAGACAUACUGACCGCGUUGGCUGAAGAGUUGCAAACCCUUGAAGUCAGUGCUGCAACAAGGGUCACAUGGCUGCAAGGUCUGGCAGAGAUCGAAUAUAGACUUGCCGGAGGAGGCAGUGAGGCUGUGCAGACGGGUGGCAUGGUCGGGGUGGUGAGAACUGGAUGUGAGCUUAUGGGAGAGAAGGGAGUUGGCGAAAAGAUGAGUGUCGAUGGGUGA